AUGGAGAUGGACCGAGUGACUGCGGAAUCUGGCCGCAGGAACGAGGGGGAAGCGGGCCUCAGUUUGCAGCUGGAUCUGGCUGACACAGAUCCAGCCAAGAAGGGUCAAGCAGAGAUGCCGUCCCCAUUCGGAGCGAGCCAAGCUCAUGAGAAGAAAAUUGGCCACAGAAGAGUAGAUGCUUCAGGAGAGACAACAUACAAGAAGACCUCCUCCUCCGCCUUAAAAGGGGCCAUCCAACUCGGUAUUGGCUACACCGUUGGCAAUCUCAGCUCCAAGCCGGAGCGAGACGUGCUAAUGCAGGACUUCUACGUGGUAGAAAGCAUCUUCUUCCCUAGCGAGGGUAGCAACCUCACACCAGCCCACCACUUUCCAGACUUCAGGUUCAAAACGUAUGCCCCUGUGGCUUUCCGGUACUUCAGGGAACUCUUUGGAAUCCGACCGGAUGACUACCUGUAUUCUCUAUGUAAUGAGCCAUUGAUUGAAUUGACCAAUCCCGGAGCUAGUGGCUCCAUUUUCUACGUAACACGCGAUGAUGAGUUCAUCAUAAAAACAGUCCAACACAAGGAGGCAGAGUUUCUACAGAAAUUGCUUCCUGGCUACUACAUGAACUUGAACCAGAACCCUCGGACAUUGCUGCCAAAGUUCUUUGGCCUCUAUUGUGUUCAGUGCGGGGGUAAAAACAUCCGAGUCGUGGCUAUGAACAAUAUUCUGCCUCGGUCUGUACGCAUGCACCUUAAAUUUGACUUGAAGGGAUCCACUUACAAGAGGCGAGCAUCUAAGAAGGAGCGGGAGAAAAGCAAACCUACGUUCAAAGAUCUGGACUUUUUGAGUGAUGUUCCUGAGGGCCUCAGUUUGGACCAGGACACAUAUAACGCCCUGGUUAAAACUUUGCAAAGAGACUGUCUGGUGCUGGAAAGUUUUAAGAUUAUGGACUAUAGUUUGCUCCUCGGGGUCCAUAACAAGACCCAAGCUCAGAGAGAGCGUCAGUCCCAAGGUUCACCAGCAGGUGGAGUGGAUGAAAUGCGACCUGCCGCCCAGAAAGCCUUGUACUCCACAGCAAUUGAGUCCAUACAAGGAGGAUCAACAUGCAGGGAAACUCUCGACCACGAUGACACAAUGGGUGGCAUUCCAGCUGUGGGACUCAAAGGAGAGCACCUCCUCCUGUUCAUUGGUAUCAUUGACAUUCUGCAGUCCUACCGAUUGAUUAAGAAAUUGGAGCAUUCCUGGAAGUCGCUGAUCCAUGACGGGGACACAGUGUCCGUUCACAGGCCGAGUUUCUACGCUGAGCGCUUCUACAAAUUUUGUAGCGCCGUUGUCUUCAAGAAGAGUUGUUCAUUAAGACCCUCCCCUUCUAAAAGGGGUCGAGCAGCUUUCUCUAUGUUAAAAUCCAGUGCAGGUGGAAUCUGCUUGGCCGGCCAGCAACCCUCAGAGAGUGAUGAGAAGCAGGAAAAUCUGGACAACCUGCGAGGACCUCACAGCUUUCUUGUGUUGGAGGACAAUGCGAAAGAGCCCCCCUGCACGCCUCCCUCCUUUGAAGACGCCACCACAGCAUCGAUCGCCACCACGCUGUCCUCAAACAACUCGUUACCCAGCACCCCCUUCGAUACUCCCGAGCACCCGCGCUACAGGAAACAAAUGCUGGCACCCAAUAUUUCAAGGUCCCACAAAGAAGUGGUUGAAGUUCAUGAGAAGAAGCAGGAAACCAUAACAGUGGAAGUCGAGCUCAGUAAAAUUCCAUCCAGCACAGAACUGACACAGAGGACAGAAGCAAGCUCGCCAGCUGACAAUCAGCCCAGCUUCAAUCCUCCUGCCUUCAAUCCUUCCUCCUCCACCCUUCCUCCCACCUUCCCGUCCUCCUCCGGCGCCGUUCAAUCAGCUUGCCAGACCUCCUCCACGCUCCCUUCUCCAUCUUCCCCCCCUCAUUCAGUCAAGCAAUCCACAUGUUCCUCUUUGGCGAACCCUCCGCGCCCGAGCGCGUUCACCCCCGUCCAUCCCUCGUCCCCUCAUCUCUCCGGAGGCGAGCCGACGAGCGUUCGGGCGUCGUCGGACUCUUGCAAUCAGCUGUCGGUCUCCAGCAGCCGCAACUCGCUGGAAGGGGAGGUGCAGGUUUCCGAUAUCUACUUUUAUGCAGAUGGCAGAUAUUGGGUGUACUCUCCCGUUCUUGGCCGUCGUAAGCUAAACUCUAGUUCGAGUUACACUACUCAGGAGGACCAGUGUCUUGUGUAUUCUCCUCACUCCAGCUCAGAAGAUGACUCAUGA